CGCUCAUUUAUCCAUCCGCCAAGGGUUUUAAAGCACAAAUCAAACCUUCACUUCCACUUCAACAACAAGGGUUUUGCAUUUCCAUUUUCUCUUCAUCAAUGGCGGACGAACCUCCAACUUCACCGACCGCCGAUCAACCACCAGCUUCCGUUGACGCCACAAUCGACUCCACAGGUUUGGGCGGCACGGCGUCUUCGUGCAACACCAACAGUGUCGUCGAAACAUCGACUCUGACGUCAGACGGAGAGAGAGAAAAGUCACUUGAGUACGCGGAAGAGUUGAUGGAGAAAGGAUCGAUGGCUAAUAAAGAAGAAGAUUAUGCUGAAGCUGUUGAUUGCUUCAGCCGUGCCCUAGAAAUCAGGGUUACACACUACGGUGAACUUGCACCUGAAUGCGUGAGAGCAUAUUACAAGUACGGAUGUGCACUUCUCUACAAGGCUCAAGAAGAGUCCGAUCCAUUAGUUUCCGGUACCGUGUCUAAGAAAGAGGUGAGUUCUGAACCAGAUUCCAAGAAAGCACCUGCUAAGGGUGCCGAAAGUGGUGAAGCUUCCGUUUCAAGUGACACCAAAGAAGGGACUUCAGAUCCUCAAGGAGUGGCAGAAGAUGGUGGCGGUGAGGAAGAAGAUGAUGAAGCAAGUGAUGCCGAGGAGGACGACUCUGACCUGGAUUUAGCUUGGAAAAUGCUCGAUGUUGCAAGGGCAAUUGCGGAAAAGCAACCCGGUGACACAAUGGAGAAAGUUGACAUUCUUUCAGCUUUAGCAGAGGUCGCUUUGGAGAGAGAGGAUGUUGAAACCUCGCUUAAUGAUUAUCUGAAAGCAUUAUCAAUGUUGGAACGCCUAGCUGAACCAGAUAGUCGUCAUAUUGCUGAACUAAAUUUCAGGAUAUGCUUAUGUCUAGAAAUCGGUUCAAAGGGUGAGGAAGCAAUUCCUUAUUGCCAAAAGGCUAUAUCGGUUUGCAAGUCUCGUUUGCAACGACUUGCAAGCGAAAUAGAGAGUUUAUCUGGUUCUAUGGAGUCUACCAAACCUGAAUCAGCAGGUGUUCUUUCCCGACAAUCUUCAAGCACUUCACGAACUACUGAUUCUGUUGCGGAUAAAGAAAAAGAGAUCGAGAUUCUCACCGGUCUCUCUACCGAACUUGAAAAGAAGCUUGAAGAUCUUCAACAGAUUGUGUCAAACCCAUCAUCUAUCCUGUCGGAUAUACUGGGGAUGAUGGCUGCAAAGGGGAAAGGUGGCGGCAGCGGCAGUAGCAGCGGCGGAGGUAUGGCCAGCGGUUCCGGAUUCGGGUCUUCUACAGUUUCAACGACUCAAGCAAAUGGUGAUUCGGGUGUAACGCAUCUUGGGGUUGUUGGGAGGGGAGUGAAGCGCGUGUCUAUGAGUUCUGUUGAACCGCCAGCUAAAAAGCCUGCAUCUGAUCCAGCUGCAGAUAAUGGCGGCAGCGCUUAACCGAUUCGGUUAGUGACGUUUUUUUUUCUGUCAGCAUGUACGGCAUAGAUUCUUAAAGAAUGUGGUUAAUGGGUAGUAAAGACAAUUUGAGCAUCUGCCGUAUUUUGUGAAAUGAGUGUCUUGAUAGUUAGGCAACCUAUUUGUCCUCAGGAGUUCUUGUUCUCCAUAUCUAAUCAUGUCAUACAAAAAGAUACUUAUCUUUUUAUUAUCAUCAAGUGGAUUAAUGCAGUGUUCUUGAUCAAAUCACAGCUGAAAUUAAUCC